GGGGCUCCAUGGCCGUGCCCCCCCAGCCCCCCGGGGACGAGCUGCUCUUCGAGGUGCAGAAGCUCUUCGCCGGGAGCCCGGAGCCCGGCACGGCCCUGCAGGCCGCCCCCCUGGACCUGGCCAUGCUGGCCCCCUACAUCCCCAUGGACGGCGACUUCCAGCUGGGCGGGGCCGAGGCGCCCCGGGGGCGGGGCCAGCGCCCUCCCGGCCCCGCCCCUUCGGGCGAGGCCCCGCCUCCUCGGCCCCGCGCCCGCAGCUUCCCGGGCCGUGGCCCCGCCCCUCCCCGCCCUGGCCCCGCCCUCCCGCGCUGGGGCAGCGACCCCGCCCUCGGGCCCGGCCCCGCCCCGAUGCCCCGCCCCGCCAGGAAGAGGGCACGGGACCCGAGCGGGGAGGACGUGGGGGCCCCCCUGAAGCGCCCCGAGCUCGACCCCCACCUGCUGCCCCCCCUCGGCCUGGGGCUGCUGCUGAGCGGGGACGACCCCCCCGGGCUGAGCCCACGCCUGGGGCAGGAGCAGCCCCUCGCGCUGCUGGGUGAUGGCCUGGCCCUGCCGGGGGUCCCACCUCUGGGGCCCCCCCAGGAAGAGGAGACCAAGGUCAAAGGGCACCCGGUGGGGGCCCCCCAGGGCCCACGUCUGGAGAGCAACUAAGGGGGGGGGGAACAUGAUUCCCCCCCCCUCCAA